AUGGCGCGGGCGCGCUGCGCAACCAGGCUUCUUGAGAUCAUCACGUCGAAUGUCUUAUGUGUGAUCAUGUGGUCUAUGGCGCUGUUGAUUUGGAGCGGAGGCGCGGCGGCGCUGGCCAACUGCCCGGGCGGCUGCAGUUGCAACGACGACACACUGGUGGUUCUGUGCGAGGAGAGCCGCCUCGACGUGUUGCCUAUCGCGCUCAACCCCUCCAUCCAGCGGCUAAUCAUCCGCAAAAACAAGAUCAAGACUAUAGACGCAUCUUUGCAGUUCUACACUGAGCUGCAACACCUAGACUUAUCGCAAAACCUUCUCGUCAAUAUACCCCCGAAGUCGUUUUCGUUUCAGAAGAAAUUACAAGAGUUACAUUUGAAUCAUAACAAAUUAUCGUCCGUUUCCAACGCCACUUUCCAAGGACUGAACUCUCUCACUGUUUUAAACUUAAAAAACAACUUUUUAGAAGAGCUUACGAAUGGCGUUUUCACCACACUCCCGAGACUAGAAGAGCUCAACUUAGGGCAGAAUCGAAUAUCCAGAAUCGAUCCGAAUGCAUUUUCUGGACUAUCCGCGUUGAGGAUUCUUUAUUUAGAUGAUAACCAUUUGAGUUCAGUGCCGACCACGUCUUUUAGCCUACUAGGAAGCCUUGCCGAGCUACACGUGGGGCUGAAUGCGUUUUCCUAUCUACCAGACGAUGCUUUCGCCGGACUCAAUAGACUUGCCGUACUCGAUCUUAACGGAGCCGGUCUCUCGAAUAUUAGCGAGGAUGCUUUCAGAGAUCUUCCAGGUCUAAGAAGUCUGAAUUUAUUCGGUAAUGGUUUGACAGCGGUGCCCACAGAACAAUUGUCCAGUUUGACGCGGUUAGAAGAACUUUACUUGGGGCAGAAUGACUUUAUCGCUUUGGAAAUUCAUUCUUUCAAAGGCCUUAAGAACUUACGAUUAAUGGAUAUAACGGGUGCAACGCAGCUCGAGAGAACAAGUAAAGGCUCCUUUGAAGACAAUUUGAACUUGGAAACAAUUGUUCUAUCCAACAACAAGAAAUUGUCUAUCAUAGAAGAGGGGAGCAUGCUGGGCCUUCCUAAAUUGAGGCAUCUGUCGUUGCGAGACAACGCCAUUAUAGCUCUGAGCGAAACGACUUUUAUCGGUAAGGAGUUGAGGCAUCUGGAUUUGUCAGACAACCCGAUCUUCUGCGAUUGCCAACUGCUCUGGCUCCGGGACCUCUUAAACGACAAAAGCAAUUUUACACAAAUCCAAUGUGCGAGUCCCGAAAACCUUAAAGAUAAAUAUUUACGGACUCUCAACGCCGACGACCUGGGUUGCGUCCUACACGACUCGCGCCAGCAGACGAUCAUCUGCAUCAUCGUUGUGGCCUGCGUCGCGUCCGUCGCGACCUUAGUUCUAGUUCUGUACAGAUAUCGGAAGAGCAUGCAAGAAAAACUGAAGGACUACAAAUGGAACAAGGGAAGAAAAAACUUGGAUUAUCACAAGCCGAUCUCGACCGAGGAGGACUGCAUCCUAGAGCUUUACGCCUCGCCGAGCGUGUUCUUCAUGUCGGGCGGCCAGGGCUCCGUGCGCCGGCCGCCGCGCUCGGGCGGAGGCGGAGGCGGCGGGGGCACCCUGCCCGCCAGCGGCUUCACCUACGUCGGCAACAGGCAGCCGCUGACCCUCAACAACGGCGCGCCGGCGCCGCACCUCAACAACGGUUCGCUUCGCUCGUUGCCCGACAAGGGGAAGCGCAACGGAACGCCGUGCCGGCCGGACUUCAAGCGAAACCUCGACGCGCGCUAUUCGCGCAAGCAGGAAAACGGGUACCUGCGUCCCUUCGAAACCGUGCUGGGGCUGGGCCGAGGGCCGGAUCGCGACGCCGACUACGCCGAGCCCGAGUACUCCGUCAUCGCCGAGAGCUUCGCGCGAGACGACUACUGCUCGCACUCCAACACCUUCAACUGUUGA